CAAGUCCCAGAAGCUACCGCGCAUUUUAUCUGUGGCUAAACUUGUUGUGACUGUCAAGAGACUCCAGGAGCUUGAACGGGUUUUGGUAGCUUGUUAUCGGACGUCAGGAGAGCCAGCCCAGCCUGCCUGAGAGAUGCCAGAACCGGAACCGGAGAGCGGGCCGCGGCCGGUGCAGAUCAUCCACGUGCACAAGCAGGAGCACACCUUCGAGCUGGACGUGGCGGCGCUGGAGAGCGUGCUGCUGCAGGAGGGCGUGCGUGACCUCGACGUGGUCGUGGUGUCUGUCGCGGGGGCCUUCCGCAAGGGGAAGUCCUUCCUGCUGGACUUCAUGCUUCGCUACAUGAGCCGACAGAAGCUGGGCCCCGCGUGGCUCGGAGAGGAUGGCGAGCCGCUGACUGGCUUCUCGUGGCGGGGCGGUUCUGAUCCGGAGACCACGGGCAUCCAGAUCUGGAGCGAGGUGUUCACUGUGGAGAAACCUGGUGGCAAGCAGGUGGCAGUGGUGCUGAUGGAUACGCAGGGUGCCUUUGACAGCCAGUCCACAGUGAAGGACUGCGCCACUAUAUUCGCUCUCAGCACCAUGACCAGCUCCGUGCAGAUUUACAACCUGUCUCAGAAUAUACAAGAGGACGACCUGCAGCAGUUACAGCUUUUCACAGAAUACGGACGCCUUGCUAUGGACGAGAUCUUCCUCAAACCAUUCCAGUCGCUGAUGUUCCUGGUGCGAGACUGGAGCUUCCCUUACGAGUACCACUACGGGCUGAAGGGGGGCAUGAACUUCCUGGACAAGCGAUUGCAGGUGAAGGAGCAGCAGCACGAGGAGAUCCAGAAUGUCCGCAAGCACAUCCACUCCUGCUUCACCAGCGUGUCCUGCUUCCUGCUGCCGCACCCCGGCCUCCAGGUGGCCACCAGCCCCAUGUUCCAGGGGCAGCUCGGCGACAUCGCUCCCGAGUUCAAGCAGCAGCUGUCGACGCUGGUGCCCCUCCUGCUGAAGCCGGCCAACCUGAUGGAGAAGGAGAUCAACGGGUCCAAGGUCACCUGCCGCGGCCUGCUGGAGUACUUCAAGGCAUACAUUAAAAUCUACCAAGGAGAGGACCUACCUCAUCCCAAGUCGAUGCUCCAGGCCACAGCAGAAGCAAAUAACCUGGCGGCCGUGGCAUCAGCUAAGGGUCUCUACUACAAGAACAUGGAGCAGACGUGCGGCGGGGACAAGCCCUACGUGGCCCCCCAGAUCCUGGAGGAGAAGCACCUGGCGUUCGUGGCGGUGUCGCUGGAGCACUUCCAGCGGAUCAAGAAGAUGGGCGGAGCGGACUUCAGUCGGCGCUACCAGGAGCAGCUGGAGGGGGAGCUGGGGGAGCUGUGCGCCGGCUUCCUGAAGCACAACCAGAGCAAGAAUGUGUUCGCUGCCUUCCGCACCCCCGCCGUGCUCUUCGGGGUCGUGGUCCUGCUCUACAUGCUGUCCGGCGUGGCCGGCUUCCUGGGCGUGGAUCUCGUGGCUCAGCUGUGCAACUGCGGCACUGGCCUGGUGCUGAUCGGGCUGCUCACCUGGGCCUAUAUCCGAUACUCCGGGCAGUACCGGGAGCUGGGGGGGGUCAUCGACUCGGGGGCAACGUUCCUGCUGGAUCAGGCAUCCUCCUGCAUUAGCAGCACAGCGGCUGGCAAGAUGGGGGUCCCCGAGGCUCCCCCCGGCAACAAGAAAGACAGAUAACCGCCCCCUUUUUUAAAACACCAGCACCCCCGCAGAAACCGUCUUCCAGUCUUCAGAAUCACUCCGUGCCUUAAACCUGCUGCCAGUGGAGAGACCUCCCCUGACCUUCAUAGAUCAAAGAGAACCGAGUCUUACAAAACCUUCCUUUUCUGACUUCAGAACACAACAAAAUACACAAAGGAGAGGAGUCCGUUCUGCCUGUCAGAACUUGUCCAGUUCCGAGCAUCUGAUUGAUCUCAGAACCUUGUCAAGUCGAGUCUUAAAGGGUCCCAGUGAUUCUGCCUCAACGACAUGGCUAGGUAACCCAUUCCAUCCCCUCACCACUCUCUGUGAGAAGAAGAGU